UAUUGAGAGCAAACACGAAGUCACAAUCUUAGGAGGACUCAAUGAAUUUGUUGUGAAGUUUUACGGACCACAAGGAACACCGUAUGAAGGUGGAGUAUGGAAAGUUAGAGUCGACCUUCCUGAUAAAUACCCUUUCAAAUCCCCGUCUAUAGGAUUCAUGAAUAAAAUUUUCCAUCCCAACAUUGAUGAAGCGUCAGGAACUGUAUGUCUAGAUGUAAUCAAUCAGACUUGGACAGCUCUCUACGAUCUCACCAAUAUAUUUGAGUCGUUCCUGCCCCAGCUGCUGGCCUAUCCUAACCCUAUAGAUCCUCUAAAUGGUGACGCUGCAGCCAUGUACCUCCACCGACCAGAAGAGUACAAACAGAAAAUUAAAGAGUACAUUCAGAAAUAUGCAACAGAAGAAGCACUAAAAGAACAGGAAGAAGGCACCGGGGACAGCUCAUCUGAGAGCUCCAUGUCCGACUUCUCGGAAGAUGAGGCUCAGGAUAUGGAGUUGUAGUAAAAGAGGCAACCUGCUUUUCAGAGAGACUCUAAUUUCCUAACCAUGAGAAGCAGACUAUAAUAUUCAUAUUUAAACAAAGCAAUUUUUUUUAUUACUAAACAAGGUUUUUAUGAAUAAUAGCAUUGAGAUAUAUAUAUCACCCUUUAGAUCUUGAUUUUUUUCUUGGUCAUUUCUCGAACCCGAGGUGCAUAGCAUAUUCCCACAUUCCAUUUUGGUAGCAAUAUGCAGCCCGAAUGCAUGCAUUCAGAUUCCAUUUGGCCAAGUCAACUUGUGUGCUACUGAACUGUCAGCUAAAACAGCUGCCCUGGUAGGUAGGGAGUUAGCAAAAAAAGAUGUUUGCUUUCUGAUCGAUGUUUCCAAAGACACCACCUUGGAUGCUAACGUGGAACAGCGUUUUCGCAAAGUGUAAAAUCUGGGGGAUGAUUUACUAACCGUGUGUAGAUCAGACAGUGGAAUAAAAGGUGCUCCUUCAGGUCAACCUUGCUGAUCGUAUUUUAUGUGGAGUCACAUUUAAAAAAAAAAAGGAAAAAAAAAAUAAAAAACCACAAACAAUACAAAUGCAUGGAGCUAUUCAGAGCAUUGAAGCUUAAAAAUUUUGACUUGGAUUUUAAGUCCGUUUUUAUAUGUGGACUCCUGCCUGCCCUCCUGAACUGUAGGGACUGACAACCACUGGUCUAUUUGCUUUUGGGACUUUUGGAAGCCUUCAUCUGGAUGUUAUUCACUUUCUUGGGCUGGAUUACGAGCUGUUCCCU